AUGUUAUCAAGCACAAAGUCAAUCGUUAGAUUCUAUAGCACCUUGAGAUCAUACUCAACUUCAAAGGUAGUUGCUUCUGCCAAGGAGGCAGUUGCUGACAUGAAGGACGGUUCAAAGCUGUUGGUCGGUGGAUUUGGUCUCUGUGGUAUCCCAGAGAACUUGAUCAAUGCAGUCAAGGAGAAGGGUGUCAAGGACUUGACGAUUGUCAGUAACAAUGCUGGUGUCGAUGACUUUGGUUUGGGACUGCUGCUCAAGUCUCGUCAGGUCAAGAGAAUGAUCUCAUCGUACGUCGGUGAGAAUGCCGUGUUUGAGUCACAGUACCUCAAGGGUGAGCUGGAGGUCGAGCUCACACCACAGGGCAACCUGGCCGAGCGCUGUCGCGCUGGUGGCGCCGGUAUCCCCGCCUUUUACACACCCACCGGUGUUGGCACGAUCCUCGUCGAGGAGGGUGGCUUCCCCAUCAAGUUCGCCGCUGACGGCUCGGGCAAGGUGGAGAUCAUGAGCAAGCCCCGUGAGGUCCGCAAGUUUGACGGCAGGACCUACGUGCUCGAGGAGGCAAUCACUGGAGACUUUGCACUGGUCAAGGCCUGGAAGGCCGACACUCGUGGCAACCUGGUGUUCAGAAACACCGCCAGGAACUUCAACCCACCAAUGGCCACCGCCGGCAGGAUCACCAUUGCCGAGGUGGAGGAGAUCGUCGAGGCUGGCGAGCUGAAGCCAGACGAGAUCCAUCUCUCUGGAAUCUACGUGGCCCGCGUCAUUAAGGGUCCAUCCUACGAGAAGCGCAUCGAGCGUCUCACCCUGGACCAGAGCGGCGCCCCCGCCUCUGCCGACAAGAAGCCAAAGAACGAGGCUGCUGUCAAGCGUGAGAAGAUUGUGCGUCGUGCCGCACUCGAGUUCAAGGACGGCAUGUACUGCAACCUCGGCAUUGGCAUGCCAACAUUGGCCAGCAACUACGUGCCAAAGAGCAUCAGAAUCGAGCUUCAGAGUGAGAAUGGACUGUUGGGCAUGGGUCCAUUCCCCAAGCCAGGCAAGCAGGAUCCAGAUCUGAUCAACGCCGGCAAGGAGACAGUCACCACUAUCCCAGGCUCGUCGAUCUUCUCCUCGUCCGACUCGUUCGCCAUGAUCAGAGGUGGCCACGUCGACCUCACCAUCCUCGGAGGUAUGGAGGUGUCUGUCAACGGAGACCUGGCCAACUGGGUCAUUCCAGGCCAGAUGGUCAAGGGACCAGGUGGCGCCAUGGAUCUCACCGCAAGUGGAUCGCGCGUCGUCGUCACAAUGGAGCACACAUCAAAGAAUGGCAAGCCAAAGAUCUUGGACAAGUGCACUCUGCCACUGACUGGCAAGGGUUGUGUCAACCGUAUCAUCACAGAGCUGGCCGUCUUUGACGUCGAGCAAGGCAAGGGACUCGUACUCAUCGAGAUUGCUGAUGGCACCACCGUCGACCAACUCAAGGCUGUCACUGGUUGUCCAUUCACUGUCUCACCAAACCUCAAGCCAUUGCAACAAGUUUCAUUGGACUAA